GUGAAUCACAAUGCGAGUCAUCGUUCAAGUGUUCGAAAGCUUAGUUCUAACCACUCGUCCAAGAAAAAAAAAUCCAGUCAGCAACACAACAAUGGACGCUGACGCCUCGAUUCUGUUGCCUGGAGACUCAAUUCCUUCAUCACUCAUUCCAACAGGCAAGAAGGCUUUGAAAGUCGGGCCCGGUCUGCGUCACAUACCGCCGGGUUCUCUGAAGGUAUGCAUUGCUGGCGCUGUUACAACCGACCACAAAAAAAACGCCAUAUGGAUAGAGUACACUGGCGGUCGCUACGUACCUUCGCAUGGCGACUUGGUUAUUGGAACAAUAUUGCGAAGCUCAGGGGAGUACUACUCCGUGAGCUUGAGUCCGUACACGACACCAGUCAUCCUACCGCACCUUGCCUUCGAGGGCGCAACCAAGAAAACGAGACCACAGCUUCACGCCGGCGACCUCGUGUACGCGAGAGUACUAUCCGUCUCUAAGCACACCGAUACAGAGAUCCAAUGCUACAAUGAGAACACCGGCAAGGCGGAGGGAAUGGGCCCGCUAAAGUCUGGCAUGGUCUUCGAUGUAAGCUGCCAUUUCGCGCGAAAGCUUAUGAUGGGGAAAAGAGGGGGCCUUGUGUUGCUUGAAUCAAUGAGCGAGAAAGUCGCCUUCGAAAUUGCCGUGGGUCGGAAUGGGAGAGUAUGGGUAAAUUCAGAGAGCGUGCCAGUCGUAGUCGCUGUGGGACGGGCGCUGACCAUCGCUGAUGAGGAAGGGUUAGACGAGGAAGGUCAAAGGAUAUUAGUCAAAAGGUUGUUCAAAGGUUUAUGAGCGAGGAGAUUCCGGAUAAACAAGGAGCUUUGUGCAUAGCGUUGGCGUUCAACCUUCUCGGACAUGAUACCCAAGCAGGGACAAUCGAAAAAAAGAGGGCCACAGUACUAGUUACGAAUGGUUUCUAUUUUUCAAAGCUUAUAUGUACUAUGGACGUCCACUCUCUAUCCCAAAGAGACUACGAACUCCAUUCUAUGCCGUAUUGUUCGUGGGUAUCGAAAGUUGAACAUUACUCGGACGUGAUCAUGUCGUAUAUGUAGCAUGCAUCCUCGAAAUCCCAGGGGAAAAAUAAC